CAAGUAGGUAUUUCUUGUGUUUGGCCUGGUUAGAACACAUGGUAGUUUUAGUCUGUCCUGUGUUUUUAACAAGCUGAUUUGUGGGUAUUAUGACAGGAAGUGCAAUGUUUGGGUAUGAGGGUGACUGUCAGCAGGCUAGUGGCAGGCUGGCUGGCUCUAGUUUGACAACUAACUUCGGGGGGGCUGAUAGGAGGAUGUACGUUAGGCAGACAGAGAUAUGGGAGUUGAGGUAAUCCACAACGUAUUAGGUGUACUCCACACACACACACACACACACCCCUCCCCACACAGUGGAAAUGGACACUGCCUGUUGGUGUAUUUAUAGACCCAGAGCUCUCUUUCUUAAACACGGACAGGGAGCUGCUCAUAGUCACUGGAGCUGUCCAAAUUGCAGUGGUACCUUCUAGAACACAGGCAACUUUUUUCACUGUUGUUUUAAUUUGCCCAGUAGGUCUCAUCAGGCAGGGGGCUCAUCAUCAUUUAUUUUACUGUAAUUUAGCUGGUUCUUCUUAUUUGUGUUGAAAAUACCACCGGUUUCUAUUAACCCAAUCUUCUGAGAACAACCUCUUUGAGAUAUCCAAACAGAGAGAUGGAGGGAGGAGUGAUGAACAGAGGGGGGUUAGUGGGAGGAGUGAUAUCUGAGAAGCCAGUGAUCCAGACUCAGCCGUCCACGCUGCCCUUCUUCGACACGGCCCACGCCUUCAACCUUCUCCGGGGGAUCCACGAGCUCCGUGCCGAGCGCAAGUUCUUCGACAUCACUCUGUGCGCCGAGGGCCAGGAGUUCCACUGCCACCGCACCGUGUUGGCCGCAGCCAGCACCUACUUCAGGGCCAUGUUCGCCGGGACAUUGAGAGAGAGCGCCAUGGACCGUGUGGUCCUUCACGAGGUGUCUGCUGAACUGCUGGGCCUGCUGGUGGACUUCUGUUAUACAGGCCGAGUCACAGUCACCCAGGAUAAUGUAGAUCUUCUGCUGAAGACUGCCGACCUGUUCCAGUUCCCCUCGGUCAAAGAGGCCUGCUGUGCCUUCCUUGAGCAGAGGUUAGACGUCUCCAACUGCCUGGAGAUCCAGGACUUUGCCGAGGCCUACGCUUGCCGCGAUCUAGCUGUCAGCGCACGCCGCUUUGUCCUCAAGAACAUUGUGGAUCUGGCCAAAGGCAAGGACUUUGAGCGGUUGCCCUGGAAACGUUUGCUGGAGUUUGUGUCGGAUGACGCGCUGUGUGUGGACAAGGAGGAGACGGCCUAUCAGAUUGCAGUGCGCUGGAUCAAAGCAGACCUACAGAGGCGGCUCCACUACUGGCCCGAGCUGCUGCAGCAGGUGAGACUACCCUUCGUGCGCCGGUUUUAUCUACUCGCCCACGUGGAGAGUGACCCACUGGUCUACCUCUCCCCCUCCUGCCUGAGAAUGGUGAGUGAGGCCCGGAGCUUCCAGUCGUGUGAAUACGACCGCCACGACAGACCCUGCCAGCGCAUGCGGCCACGGCCCUCAACCGGACUGGCUGAGAUCCUGGUUGUGGUGGGAGGCUGUGACCAGGACUGCGAUGAGCUGGUCACUGUGGACUGUUACAACCCUCAGACUGGACAGUGGCGCUAUCUGGCUGAGUUCCCUGAUCACCUGGGAGGGGGCUACAGUAUAGCUGCCCUGGGCAACGAUAUGUAUGUCACAGGAGGAUCUGACGGUUCGCGACUCUACGACGGCGUGUGGCGCUACAACUCCAGCGUCAAUGAGUGGACCGAGGUGUCGCCCAUGCUGAAAGCCCGGGAGUACCACAGUUCCUGUGUCCUCAAGGGCCAGCUUUAUGUGGUGGCGCCAGACAGCACGGAGCGCUACGACCACGCGCUGGACUGCUGGGAGGCCCUGCCCCCCAUGCUGCAUGCCAUGGACAACUGUUCCACCACCACCUGCAGGGGGCGCCUUUACGCCAUUGGCUCCAUGACCACCACUGGGGAGGAUAACAUGGCCAUCCAGUGCUAUGAUUCGGAAGCCAAUCGAUGGACCCUAGUCAACUGUGGCGAGCUGCCGCCGUGGUCCUUCGCUCCCAAAACGGUCACUCUCAAUGGGCUCAUAUACUUUGUCAGGGAUGACUCGGCAGAGGUCGACGUCUAUAACCCUCAGAAGAAUGGAUGGGACAAGAUUAGCCCCAUGACACAGGUCCAUGUAGGAGGCAGUGUGGCAGCCCUGGGCGGUCGUCUCUUUGUGUCUGGUGGCUAUGACAACACGUUUGAGCUGUCUGAUGUGGUGGAAGCUUAUGACCCCUCAACCCGUACCUGGACCCCCACGGGCCGCUUGCCCCAGCCCACCUUCUGGCAUGGCAGUGUCAGUAUCUUCCGCCAGUUCAUGCCCGCCGUAUCCAACACUUUCGAACCCAUUGACCUGCCCGAGGCCAACUCCAUCCACCUGCACCGACACCACCGCAACCAGGCCCUGCACAACCACAACCUCAAUCUCAACCAGAACCACGACGUCAACCCAGUGUAACACACUACAUGGACUAAUGGUUCAGGGGAUAUCAUCCUGACUGUUUCAGCCAUUAGUGCCAUUUUAGGUUUACUGUGAAAACAUACACCUCAUUAUGAUACUACAGAUAGACGGUAGAAAAAUGUUAUAGUGCACUCUGCUUAUAGUGAAUGCGGUUAUAGAGAUUAACUGCUUAUAAUGAUCAAAUUGUCCUGCAUGGAUGAGAUCACUAUAGGACUGUCAUUACAUUACACUGUGUCACUUCUGUGACAGAGCAUGUGUGCAGUUGUGUCAUCCCUUUGUUAUUUACUUGCCUGUCACUCUGUCAUAGCUGACGAUCAGUUUGCCUAUUAUUGACUGGACUAAUAGACUGGCUGGGUAUGAAGGUCUCAUGUUGGGGAAAGCACAAGCUGCCCAUACAUGGGCAGGCAGUAGUAGUGUUUCGUCUUGAUUAUGCUUGUGUCAUUUUUCUUUUUUACAUAAUCAAGUAGUUAUGGAGCUGUUUUCCACUUUUCGGUUGUUUAGAGUGAGAGCCAACAUCAUCCUUCAGAAUCAAUGGCAUGAGCCCAUACAUUCCAAAAGCCAACACCACCACAAAAAGGUUUUUGAGCACUAAACCAGAUUUGAUCAUCGUUGAGAGAUGUAUCUGGAGAUUUGUCCAGAGCUAUACUGCUAGGAACCUGUUAUGGAACCAUAGGGUGGAAUCAGAACAUGGUUGCAUAUGAUGCAACUGGGACUGGGCUGAUCGAUUCCGUAGAUGAGUUCUCAUUCUAUUUCUAUAUCCCUGUUUUAUACCUGGUGCUAACAUGGGUCCUUUGUCCUAAUCUUGUCUACAUUCUGAUUGUGCAAACAUUUCAAGAAACGUGUCUACACAUGGUUUUAAAAUGUCUGUUGUUUGUCCAGGGCAGCAGGUAGCCUAGAGGUUAAGAGCGUAGGGCCAGUAACUGAAAGGUCACUUUUUCAAAUCCCUGAGCUGGCAAAGUGGGAAAAUCUGCUUUUCUGCCCUUGAGCAAGGCAAGGAACGUUAAGGCAGCCCCCCAAACCUCUCCGAUUCAGAGAAAUGCGUACGACACAUUUCGGUUGAAUGCAUUCAGUUGUGUGACUGUCUAGGUGUCACCUUUUCCACUGUCGGCAUUGUGACCAGAUUUCCUGGUCCCUUCCUUUUUAUACAAAUGAUUUCAUAGCUAUUCUUUCAAAAUAAUAUUGAUUUAUUGUAAGACAUGUUGAUCUAAUCAGUUAAUGGUCCCACCUGUCAAUGAUUUUAGAGGGCGGAAUAAUUAUUAUAUAAAUGGUUUCUCUGUCCAGAUCUGUCUAGACUUGUCGUCAGACACGCAUUGUGUCUGAAUAUCUUACACCUGGAAGUGGGCAGGAUGAUCUGAUCACAAUCAGAUCACAAUGUGUCUUUUAAUUAUCUACACCUGUCUAAAAAUGUGGUCACAAUCAGAAUGUGGACAAGAUCAGGACAAAGGAUGCAGGUAUAAAUGGGGCUAAUGACAAUAUUCUAUCAGAUGCUGAUCACCAUUUUCCUCUCCCUCAUCCGGGAGGGACUGACUCUGUUUCAGACUUUGUUGGCAUGACUACCAAUCUAGCCUGCAUGAAUUCACAUGUCAUAUAUUUUCUUUGAAGAUUGCCUUCAUUAUAGAUGCUUUAUUUUAUUAGAAUGGUUUAAUUUUAUUUAUGAAAAUGUAUAUGUUUUUAUAGUGUUAUUUCUGAUAAUGUUAGUUUUUUCCAUUGCAACAAGAGGCACAGGUACAUAUGAAAAUAGAUCGUGGUAAAACGACCACUGUCAACUGGAAGUAAUAACACAUUCUCAGCUUAUUUCUGUAACAUUGUUUGACUAAAGUCAUUUUUAGUAUUGUGUACUUACAUUAAUGCUAUGUUUUUUUGUGUUUUCUUUGUUUGAACACAAACAACUUGUAUGAAAACUUUUUUGUGUUGUAGUGAUGUCCUUUACAGUGAGUGUUAUCACAAUAAAACUGCAGGCAGGACUGUUACUUAA